AUGUGGACUCUCUGGAAUUUUCUAGUUCUUCUGACAAUUGUGGUCAGUCUGGUCACAGGACAGAAUGGAAUACCAACAAGUGAAGAAUCCAUAGACGAUCUUGUCUCGGCAGGCGUCUCUGAAAAUGCAGCAACUGGAAUCGUGAAAUUCGAUCGGAAACUUCAAGAACCUUUCGAAAUGGAAAAGGAGAAUCCAGUAGAGGCGAAGAAGUUGGAGCAGGUACUCCAUAAAGAGUUUACUGAGUACAUUGAGAGCUUGAGUGAGGAUGAUCAGGCAGAAUAUCAAAAAUAUAUCAAGAGCCAACAUAUGCUUCGUUUUCUUGGAAUCCUAGUCAUUUUUGGUCUUCUUCACGCAGCUAACAUUCAUAUUUCUGGAAAAAUUGAAUGUUCCAAGACCCUUUUCAGCUUCUUGGUAGCGGUUAAGGAAUUCGAUUGGCAUUUUGGCAAUGAUCGUCUCUACACUUCGAAACCCUACGAUUCACUUUACCCGCAUCAUUAUUCGGCCUAUGCGGAAGUGAAUGAUGUUGAUGAGCUGGAAAACGAUAAAUACGAAAUUUUCGUCUCUUUUUGGCACACAUGUUCCCGUGACGAUAAAUGGAAAUACUAUGAGAACAGGGUUGGAUAUGUUAAGCAACAAGGUGAGUAUUAUCUUCAACACAACGUGAACCUGACCAACGCUGAAGGAGAACUCUCGUGGAGAGAUUGGGAGGAUUGGGUGACCAGCAACGGAUUUAGAAGCUUUUGA